AUGAAAUCUCCCGCUAAGAUUAUCGAGGUUUACAGUGAUAACCUUUAUUCUCAAAGAAUCGGAAAAUUGGAUCAAAAAAUUUUGAUGAACGAUCCUUUCGUGAAUAUUUGCAGAUACGCUUUGGUGUCGCCGAACGGAAAUAUAGAAUCUCAUCCACACUCCGGGUUUGAGUCGGUAAAUUAUGUAAUCUAUGGACGACAAUUCCAUGGCGAUAAUUUUGGCAACGCCAAUUAUCUAACACCUGGUAGUAUACAAAAUAUUAACUGCGGUGGAGGUAUGUUACACAAAGAAACGCCUGUUGGUGUGUCCUAUGGGGUCGGAAUUUGGGUGGCGUUGCCAGAAAUCGUUAGAGAAUGCAAACCAGAUUAUCAGUUUGCCGACAGCAGCCAAAUUCCAACUUUUAAAAAGAAUGGAGCAACUUUCAGUUUAUUAAUGGGGAAGUCAUGGGGAAUGAAAUCGAAGCUCUACACUCAAACUCCAACUGUUAUGGCAAGUAUUGAUCUCGAACCCGGAGCUUCUCACACCCAGCCCAUUGAACGAGAUUGGAGUACUUUUGUUUACACUCUCACGGGCGGAAUUGAGUCUGCUGGUACCAGACUAAAAGAAUUCGAAGUCGGUGUCGUAGGAGAAGGCGAUUUUAUAACUUUUCAGAACAAAUUGGAAAAUAAAAAGGCAGAACUAUUGUAUUUCUCCGGUAAACCAAUCAACGAGCCAUAUUUUGUUUAUGAAAAAGGAGCUGAUGCUUAUCUGGCUGCAAACAAAAAUGGAACUUUAGCAAAAGAGCAAGAAUAUAUUCAUUCCAUGAACGGAUUCAAAGAGCCAGUUUUGGAUGACGUGAUAUAA